UAGUUCAGAGCUCCCUUCAUCGCCUUCGAACCAGUAACCUUUCAAUUUUAUUGCUGUAUCCGUGAUGUUAGGACUUCGACAGGCAUUAGUGCUUUUGUCGCUAUUCUAGCAGAGGCGUGUGUGAGAGAAACCCUAAGGCAACUUUAUCCUGGCUGAGACCAAGAUUUGCAUUCAUCUGUUACCCGGUGGCCUUCACUUCCACUGCGUAAUGGGAUCUUUUCGGCGUCCUCGCUUUAUGAGCUCACCAGUGCUGUCAGAUCUGGCCCGCUUUCACGCCAGUUCACCAUCUCUACAACUCUCCAAUGCAAGUAUCUGGAAUAGUGUCCAAUCUGCUGUCAUCAAAGUAUUUCAAGGCGGAGGGCUGCAGACCAACGAGCUGUACAGUCUGAAUGAAAGCAUCAGAUGGCUUCAAAGGACAGAAUUGGGCUCCUUCAUUACAGAAUACUUUCAGGAUCAGCUCUUGAGCAAAGGCCUGGCACACAUAUUGGAGAAGAUUCAGCUUCAGGAGGAAGAAAACUGUCUCCAGGCUCUGUCUGAGAUGUGGGUAACAUUUUUCACAGAGAUCCUGCCAACUCUUCAAGCUAUAUUCUAUCCUGUGCAGGGUCAGGAGCUGACUGUGAGACAGAUGGCUCUGCUGGGUUUUAGGGACCAGGUCUUGUUGAAACUUUCUCUAGAGAACAUGCUGCAUACUGCCUCAUAUCCUCCUGCCAUAGUACAGAUGCUUCUCAUACUGCAGGGCAUUCAUGAGCCUAGUGGGCCUAGUAAAGAAUACUGCCUUCUAGAGCGACUAGUGGAUAUGGUGAUUUCACCUUACCUGAGUAACUACCUCUAUAUGAGCCACAGGGACUCCACUUCAGCAGGGUGUCAAUUGAAAAACUCCAGUUUAGAGACUACACAGCUCUUUGGCCAGCCAGAGAUCACAAUCACACACUUUGCUGCGGAAUCUUUGCUGACGCCUCUUGUGGAGCAAGAAGGCGAGGCAUAUCUGGAGAGGACCGGUGGAAUACGGCGCCACACAGUCGCCAAUGUUCAUUCAGACAUCCAGUUUCUCUCCAUGACAGACAGAACUGAUGGUAGUGAUAAUGACCAGGUGACAAAAGCAAAGAAAACUGCUUCUCCCAGGCCUUUCCCCCAUCAACUAGUAAUCCUGGACACUCCAUCAACUACAACAUCACAAAUAUGCCAGAACACUGCCAAGAUGAGCUGAAAGCUGUUUGCUGGUGAAUUAUGGAGUAUGCUUUUAAGCAAAAACCGAUACUGUCUACCAAUUACCCACAAUAUGAGCACUAAGAGGCAGUGCUUGAUAAAAGGCACCAUGUUGCAGACUGGGCAAGUAAGAAUAAUAAUUUACCCCAACCCUAGAACUGUCAUUAUUUUAGGUAUUUACAUUAAUUACAUUAGUGGUGUUAUAUGGAUUAACACAGCAGUUAAAGUGUAUUAUUUGAUUACUUAGUGCUCAGCACCAUUCCCCUUCCUCAUAAUCAGCCAGUGGGGUGACACACAAUCUGUGAAGUUGAGUCUACUGAUGUUUGUGUACUAGUUUUUCACCAUAUAUUUACACAAGUAGUAAUUUAUCAGGUGUACACAAAGCAAUGCUUAACUGUAACCUGUACAAAUUUUACCUCUGUUCAAAGCAGCCUACUUUCAACUUCCUGCCACAGUUUGUCAUUUACAUAAACAGCUGUAAUGCUUACUUGGAGAUGACAUUAUUAUUUGGUUGAAUGUUUUAAAGUAUGUGGGAGAAGACUUUAAAAACUAAAAUAAAAAACUAGAAUUAGCUGAACCCUGUCUUGUGCUGUGCUCUAAGAGGCAUGCACUUUUUUCUGCUGUUGGAGUGGCAAAGCUAUGUGGAAUUUCAGCUCUGCUGAGCUAACACUGUUUACACAGAUGCAGUAUUGGGCAAAAUCUUUCUGCGCUUUCAGCUGUUUGGGAUUAUUGACUUGAAUACACUGUGUGACACUUGUUUUGAGCCAUUUUAGUAUGUACUGUACAAUUUGUUUGUCGUGGAGUUGCUGAUGUACUGGUCUACAGAGUAAUUUAUUUCAUGAAAUAUUUCAGAGUCUUAAUUAUAAUUUCAGUUUAAAUGUUAUGACAAAUAUUGUGUUCAUCAGUGUGCAGUGUUGUAUACGUUUGUAGUAAUAAAGUGUUACUUUGUGUAA